AUGGAUCUUACGGUUUCAGACCUUCUAACCUCAGACAUGAAAUGGAACAAGAAGAGAAUAGAAGAACUGUUACCCCUUGUGGCAGAGGAAAUCCAGAUGAUCCACCCAGGGAACCAAGCCACGGAAGACAUCUAUGUGUGGCAACCACUACAAACAGGCAAGUACACAGCAAAGUCAGGUUACUAUACAGCAGCUAUGAAAGGACAACGUAUACAAGAACCUGUACCUGAUGCGUUUGAGUGGGUGAAAGACAUAUGGAACGCCAAGUGCUCGCCAAAGAUGAAGCUCUUUAUGUGGUCCAUCAUACAAGAAGCCAUCCCCCUCGGAGAACUACUGCAACGAAGAGGAAUUCAAUCAGAGGCGCUCUGUGUAAGAUGCAAAGGAGUAGAAUCUACAAUGCAUACCUUCUUCAAUUGCCCUUUUGCUAAGGAAGUCUGGAAACUAAUCCCUUUACGACAGGUAGUUCACCUAGCUACGGAUGUCGAUUUCAAGAAGGCGGUGAUUGCGUUCAGGAGACAAAUAUGCCUCCCACCUUCGGGAGUUUCCUCAACCAUUCUACCAUGGGUAUGUUGGGCCUUGUGGACAGCUCGUAACACGCUCUUGUUUGAAAAGCGAACCUUUACUCCUACAGAAGUAGCAACCAAGGCGAUAAGACUGGCAAGGGAAUGGGUUAAUGCACAAGCUUAUCAGACACAAUCAACGAACGUCUUACCCCAUCCAAAAAGGAAGCAUCAGAUCAGAAGCGACACCGGCGAUACUCCGACGUGCAAAUCGGACGCAGCUUACGAUGCUCAAUCAAGGAGAGCUGGCCUCGCAUGGAUCAUCAAUAAGCCUUCAGGAAGAAUGAUCCACCGAGAACCGAGGACCCAAAACUUCGUGCCCUCACCUCUAGUAGCGGAAGCGCUGGUGCUCCGUGCUGGAUUAAUCGACGCAGUAAAGCUCGAGCUCCCUAAGCUCCGGAUGCUCUCUGACAACUCAACGCUCGUUAGAGCAAUCAACAACGACGCGCAGGCGAAGGAGAUCUUUGGUAUCAUCAAGGAUAUUCAACAAAUCUCUUCUGCGUUUGUCGAGAUUUCGUUUUCACACAUCUCGCGUUCUUUCAACGAAGAUGCCGAUCGCUUAGCUAAACUAUCUCUUUCAGCUUUUUAA